ACAGCCAAAUAUUCCAAAGGAACCUAAGAUGGAAGUCUUUUGUGCAUUAGUAUUAGCCCUAGCCUCCAUAGUUGCCUUAGCUUUUGUCUUUAACAAACAUAAACCAAAACUCAAAUUCAAAUUUCCGCCGGGCCCAAAACCAUGGCCGAUUAUCGGCAACCUUAACCUCAUUGGCUCCAUACCGCAUCAAUCCCUUCACUUCUUGUCCAAAAAAUACGGUCCAAUAAUGUACCUAAAGUUCGGCAAGUUCCCAGUUGUGGUUGCGUCGACACCUGAGAUGGCCAAGGAGUUCUUAAAGAAUCACGAUGCCGAGUUUGCAUCUAGGCCCUUACUUAGUGCCGGUAAGUACACUAGUUAUAAUUAUUCGGACCUAACGUGGUCACCUUACGGACCAUAUUGGCGACAAGCGCGCAAGAUUUACCUCUCCGAGGUAUUUAGUCCAAAGAAAAUGGAAUCCGAGCUCUUUGAGCAAAUUCGCACCGAGGAGAGGCGCGAUUUGAUGUCACGCCUCCAUUCGCUCUCUGGGAAUUCGUCUGUGUUGCUUAGGGACCAUGUUUUUCGGUAUGCAUUGUUGACUAUAAAUAGGAUGGCGUUAGGACAAAAGUAUUUUAACGAUUGCGAAGAUGAGGAAUCAAGCCUCCAGUUCGAUGAGUUCCAUGAGAUGUUAGAUGAGUGGUUCUUGCUCGGAGGGGUUUUCAAUAUCGGCGAUUGGAUACCGUGGCUGCAAUUUCUCGACCUUCAAGGAUAUGUUAGGAGAAUGAAGGUUUUAGCAAAGAAACUUGACAAGAUAUACGAGGUUGUGAUAAACGAUCACGUGAAGAUGGCCGCGACGAAUAAUUCCGGCCGGAAAGACACGGUGGAUCGGCUACUAGAGCUGGCUGAAGAUCCAAAUGUGGAUGUUAAGCUUACGAGAGAUCAGAUCAAGGCUUUGAUCCAGAACCUAAUUGUUGGUGGUGCGGACACAACACGAACCGUGAUGGAAUGGAUUGUUCAAGAACUCAUGAGGCAUCCCCGAGUAUACGAGAAGGCUAAAGACGAGCUCAACAGGGUAAUAGGAAAAAAUCGAUGGGUAGAGGAAACCGACUAUGCAAAGUUGCCCUACAUAGAAGCCAUUAUCAUAGAGACCAUGAGAUUGCACCCUCUAGCGACAUUUUUAGCCCCUCAUUACGCCAUGGAUAAUUGUCGCAUUGCUGGCUACGACAUACUUAAGGGGACAACAAUUCUCAUUAAUACAUGGAGUAUUGGUAGGGACCCCGACUCUUGGGAUGCUCCCGAGGAGUUUAUACCUGAGAGGUUUGUUGGGAAAAAAGUCGAUAUUCUAGGAAUGAACUUUGCGCUAUUGCCAUUUGGGUCUGGUCGAAGGAGAUGCCCGGGAUAUAGUCUCGGGCUAAAGAGCAUGUGGGCAAUUACGGCGAACCUCCUCCAUGGGUUCGACUUGAAGUUGGGAGAUGGAAUGAGGCAUGAAGAUGUGAGUUUGGAGGAAGUUUAUGGGCUCACUACACAUCCUAAACAAAUUCUUUCGAUCAUUUUGGAACCUACUCUUCCUAAGGAACUUUAUUGAAUAAAAUUGGCUUCAAAUUUGAAGAAUUAUGAAUGGUUGAUUAUUGGGGUCUACAAAAGACUUGGACCAAAUGAAUUGAUCUAAAAAACAUGUACUACCCAUGCUAAAAAAGAUAUGGAGUAGAAAAUAAUGAAAAGGCUAAACUUAUCCAUU